GGUAUAAUGUCGGCUCCGUUCCCAUCCCCCUUCACCGGAAAUGCGAGCUGGGUGCCAUCCAACGUCUCCUAUUACCCCGUCUCGAUAGCCUUCACCGGUAUAGAUGCAUGCCUACCUGCCUAUGCGCCGCCUAUGCCUGUGCGCUCUGCCACCGGUCAGCUAUUGGUGGUAAGUAGGAGAGACGUCUGCCAUCUCCCGUUAUGCAUGCACCUCCUGGGCAUGUACUUACUGUAUAUAUACGCCUACCUGCUUCCCCCUCGACCUAUAGGUAUAGGCAUAUCGAUGCUAGGCUAGGCGAGGAGACC